AUGGCAUCCAAUUUGAAUUCUGGUGACAUGGAUGAGGAGCGUCGAUUGAAAGAGGAGAACAUGUUUCUUUUACGUGAACUUAAAUUGAGUGAAUUAAGUGAAGCCGAAGAAGCAACAGCUCGCGAAGAACUAAAAAUCUACGAUGAUUUCGAACGACAAGUACAAACACUCGAUGGGACCGAUAAGCAGAAAAUCGACGAAUGUGAAUGGGAGGUUAAGGAUCUAGAAGAACAAAUUACCAAAGCGGAUAAAGAACUUGACCAAAUGCAAAAUGACUUGGACAAUGCCGAACAAGUACAAAACUCGCAUGCGAAUGAACUUAGAACCUUGACGGAUGCUUUUGCUAGCGUGACGAAUGAGAGCGAAACUGUUCAACACGAACUUCAACAAAUAAGAGAAGAGCAAUAUCUUUUAACUGUUGAAGAGGAUAGAUUAAAAUUAUUAGUUAUCGAACAGAAACAAAUACUAAUGAAUGAAACUGCCAAAAUGACUGAGAUUGAGCAACAAAUAGCUAUUUUGGAUAAUCAAAAACGUUUAUUCCAAGAACAACUACAGAAAUUAAAUGAAAUAUUGAAACCAAAUGAGACAAGUUUAUUAUCACUUGAAGAGCAAAUAAAAACUCUCGAUCGUGAACUGAGAAAAUUAGAAGUUGAAGAAAAGACAUUACAAGAGCAAUUAGAACAAUCGAAACGUGACGUUGAACAUCUCGCUGAACAGCUGCAAACAACUCAAAACAAUCUAGCUGAAUGUACGAAAAAGGUACAGGAACAAGAGGAUCUCAUGCGCGAAUUGGAACAAAAUCAACAACGCAUCGAUAUGGAAAUCGAAGCUUUGCAAGAGUCAAUUAAAAUCAUUGAAGAAACAAUGCAACAAAAUGAAAAACAGAAGCAGGAUUUAACGGUAUUGAUUCAACAGAAAAACCAAGAGAGGUUAGCUGCUGAAAACGAGCAGACACGCGCGAAAGAGGCUGUUAAGCAAGCAGCAAAAGCUCUCGCAGACUUGGAAAAAGAGCUAGCUACUUUGCAAACAAGACUGACAAAACUGAUUCAGGAAAGAAACCAACUAGAGCAGCAAUGUCGUCAAGCGGCGAAUUUGGUCGAAGAGACAAAGCAACAAGUUGAAAGAGCAGAAGAGCAUGUGGAGCGCUUGCAAAAUGAACUGAAUGCAGUUAAUCAACAAUUACAGGAUAAACAAGUAGAAUUAACGCGUGUUCAAAGUGAAGGAAGAGAGUUACAAAAUCUGUUAGAGAGAGAGACAGCUAUUCUUGAACAAAUAAAUGCAGCCGUUGUUAAACUUGUCGAACAAGUUCAUCAGGCAAACGCUCAACUCAAAGCGGAUUUAGAACGGUUGAGACAAUUAACAGAAUAUCUUCAUCAACAGGAAAAAUUAGAGCUACAACUGCAAAAAGCAUACGACGAUCAAGUAACGGCAACUAAUCGCGCACAAGACCGAGCUAAUGAAGCUGAUCGACGAGAAAGAGAGAUGAAACAAGCUGUAGACAAAGCUAUUCGUGAACAACAACAGGCAGAAGCUGUCGUGGGCCGCUUAGAGUCUUCAUUAGCUGCAGAUGAACUAGCAUUAGCAUUGGCUUUAGCAGCUCUUGCUACUGCGCUACUGGUGCCAGUUGCUGGUGAAAUUGCUGCUAUUCCAAUAGUAGCUUCAAUUGCUCUGUUUAGAGCGGCGAUUGCCAGAUGGAAGAGCCAAUUAAAUGCAGCAAGAGCAAGAUUAUCACGAGCAAGUACCGAGCGUGAUCACGCUAUCAACUUGCAUACGCGCGCGAUGACGGAGAAACAAUUAGCUAAUGAUACACUGGCCAACGAGAAAGGAAAGUUAGGAAUUUGUAAAACAAAUUGGGAAAAUCAAAUACAAGUGAAAAAUGUAGCGCAGCGUGCAGUUGAUGAACAAAAUGCUGUCGUUAAAGCUGAUACUAAGCAUCUGGAAGAUGUUCAACAUCAACUAGCUGAAGGCAGAGAGCAACAAAGACAGCAAGCGACUAAAGUAGAUGGUAUCAAUAUUCAACUGAAAGAAAAGCAAAAUCAAAUUGAACAACGUAAAGCGGAACAAAAAGCAUUAGAAUUAAAACAAAAACGGACUCAAGAUACAUUGACCCAAGCCAACGGCGUUUUGGAAAAAGCAGAAAAAGCACACGAAAAGGCUAAGAAAGACCAUGAUGAUUUACAAAGGCAGCACAAAGCUAAAAUUGAACAAGUGAAAACAACAGAGAGUUUAAUUCAAACGAAGCAAACUCAACUAGUAAAUGUACGGUCUGAUUAUCAUUUCAAAGAAAUCGCUGUGUCGAAAAUUGAGAAUAAACUUAAUCUGAUUAAUCAAGAUCUGGGAACAGCAGCAGAAAGAGAACAGAAAUUAAACGAACAAAUUCAAAUUCAAAAGAAUAAUCUUGCCGCGAAGAAUGAACAAAAGACGGACCUUAUUUCCAGGAAAGAUGUUCUUGAUAGAAAACUCAAACAAACUGUAGUAGAAAAGGUCAAGCAAGAAGAUCAGGUGCAACGUCUUAAUCAACAACUAGAGAUACAAAACCAAGUGAUGAUGGACAAAACUGCACAAAUACAUACAGUUUCAACAGAUUUGGAUAAGAAGAAGCAUCGAAAGAUUCAAAUGGAAACUCAACAUGCCGAACAAACAGCUCAAGCGAAACUCAUCCACUCGCAAAUUGAUGAAUUUCAACGAAGUCUUACACAAAACCAAAUGGCGUCAGAACGACUUCAAAACCACAAAGAGAAUCAGGAAAAGGCACAAAAGAUUGCUGAAGAUCACAUACUGAACACUAAUCAAAUUCAGAAACAACUCAGUGAUAAUUUGAGAUUAAAAUCUAACAACAUCGCCAUAAAAGAGAGAGUUCACGCAGAAUGCGAACAACGACACAGAGAUCUAACUGAUAAAAUCGACAAUGCUCGAACAGUCCAAGCUAGUUUAGACAAAAAAGUUCAAGAUCUGAACGACCGAUGGGUAGCUAAGCGAAUGAUGAUGACUCAAUAUGUCAACGAGGUUCGCGGAUUAAGCGAGAAUAUAUCUGAUAUCAAACUCAAACGACGGGAACGUCUUGAAGAGCAAAGAAAAAGAGCAAAGAAUGAAAAUGUUCAAGUAAAUCAGCAAAGAAAGUAUACGAGAAAUGUUAACCAUUAA